UUUACUUAUUUAUCGCCUCUCCUUCCCCCGAAAUAUUACCAUAUUUCGCGUUAUUCUCAAGCUCUCUCUCUCUCUGUCCUCUCGUGCUUUCUCUCACUAGAUCCCUCUUUCCCAAACUGUUCUUCAGGGAUCAUUAAGAAGAAAGAGAAAUGGGGUUGACAUUCACCAAGCUUUUCAGCCGGCUAUUUGCCAAGAAGGAAAUGCGCAUCCUCAUGGUUGGACUCGAUGCAGCUGGUAAGACCACCAUAUUGUACAAGCUCAAGCUGGGAGAAAUUGUCACCACCAUUCCAACUAUUGGUUUCAAUGUGGAAACUGUUGAAUACAAGAACAUCAGCUUCACCGUUUGGGAUGUCGGGGGUCAGGACAAGAUCCGUCCAUUGUGGAGGCAUUAUUUCCAGAACACUCAGGGUCUCAUUUUUGUGGUUGAUAGCAAUGACAGAGACCGUGUAGGGGAGGCAAGAGAUGAAUUGCACAGGAUGUUGAAUGAGGAUGAGCUUCGGGAUGCUGUGCUGCUUGUUUUUGCUAACAAACAAGAUCUUCCUAAUGCAAUGAAUGCUGCUGAAAUAACCGAUAAGCUUGGACUCCACUCCCUCAGGCAGCGUCACUGGUACAUCCAGAGCACUUGUGCAACUUCUGGAGAGGGACUCUACGAGGGACUAGAUUGGCUUUCUAACAACAUUGCCAAUAAGGCCUAAGUCGAAGUAGCGUUGUUGCGGAUUGAUCCUGGAUGCAGGCGGGUUUUUAUCUAAUUCCAUUUUCUUUUAUUACGUCUUUUUUCCUUCUUCUUUUUUCAAACAUUUUCUGAAUUUGUGUGGUUAUGGCAUUUGCUUAUUAGGAGGUCACUUUUGGAAUGUUUUUGUAAUACAAUGUUUGAAUGUAUGUAAUCUGCUGAUUGUUUAGGUUCGAGUAUAAACGUUAUUAACUUGUAACAAAUACUAGCUCUUUUCUGGUUAUUUGCAGUCAAUUUAAAAUGCAUAUCAAAUACCAUAAUACAAAACUA